AGCUAGCCCCCCUCCUUCCACAGAUAGUAUCAAAGCGCAUGCGCCGAGCUGGCUCUUCCUUUCUGCCAUAGUUGUUCGCCAUGGCUCCAGUGAAGAAGCAAGCAGCCAAGGGUGGCAAGAAGAAGAAGCAGGUCCUGAAAUUCACCCUGGACUGCACCCACCCUGUGGAGGAUGGCAUCAUGGACGCUGCCAACUUUGAGCAGUUCCUGCAGGAGAGGAUCAAGGUAAACGGGAAAGCUGGGAACCUGGGCGGGGGAGUGGUGACCAUCGAGAGGAGCAAGAGCAAAAUCACAGUGUCCUCUGAGGUCCCUUUCUCCAAGAGGUACCUCAAAUACCUGACCAAGAAAUACCUGAAAAAGAACAACCUGCGUGACUGGCUGCGGGUGGUCGCGAACAGCAAGGAGAGCUACGAAUUGCGCUACUUCCAGAUCAACCAGGAUGAGGAGGAGGACGAGGACGAGGAUUAAUUCCGCGAUACUGAUCUGGGAGGAUUUUGUACAUUCGCUUUUAAUAAAAAGCCAAACAAAAAAAAAAAAA